AUGAUCUGGUGUCGGCUACUGGGUUUGGCCGCGUUCGUCAUACUAGGGGUAUCAGCGGCACAAAGGACGGACGAUCUAGAAUGCAUGUUUCUCGGGUAUCCAGAUCUUGAAUACGACGGCUUCGACAGAACAGAGGUACUGACGGAGAAGAAUUUCAAUAAGACCAUCUUUGCUGAAGAUGCCAAGUCCGUGGUGUUCUUCAAUGAUGUCGAAGAAGACGAUCCAGAGCUGGAUCAGUACGAGUGUUUCAUGCAGCUUUCCGCCCAGAUCAUGACAAAACGCGGGUAUAACUUUUUCACUGUGAACACCACAAAAGAAACAAAACUUAGGAAACAAGAAGAGGUGGACAAGGGUGAGGAUACCAUUCAUGUAUACAAAGAUGGCUUCAAGAUUGAGUACCAUGGUGUUCGCGAUCCAGAAACGUUCGUUGGAUGGAUGAUGGAUAUUCCUGAUGAUCCUGUCACCAUUAUCAAUGACGAACAUGAUUUGGAGGAAUUUGAAGAUCUUGACGAUGAAGUUGUAAGAAUUAUUGGGUACUUCGAGCCAGGAUCAGCAGCUCUGAAAGAGUUCGAGGAGGCUGCCGAGGACUUUAUGGGUGAGAUCGAGUUCUUCGCUGUAGUCACCUCUAAGUGGGCUCGUAAAGUCGGGCUAAAACGGGUUGGUGAAGUGCAGAUGCUUCGACCAUUUGAGGAGGAUCCACUAUUCGCUCCAUCAUCGGCUGAUACAGAAGAAGAAUUCGAGGAUUGGGUUGAGAAGCACAAAGAGCCUGUUAUGCAAAAGCUAACUCUCGAGAACUAUUUCAAUGUUUGGAAAGAUCCUGAAGACGACGAGCGCAUGAUCCUUGCAUUCGUUGAUGAGGAAACUCGAGAGGGACGUGCCAUGAAGAAACUGCUUGACAAAAUUGCCGAUGAAAACUCCGAGCACGCCGGCACCUUGGAAAUUGUCUUGAUCGAUCCCGACGAGUUCCCGUUGAUGGUUGAUGUCUGGGAAGAUAUGUUCGGUAUUGACAUCGAAGAAGGACCCCAGAUUGGUCUCGUCGAUAUUUCUGAGAGAGAAGGAAUCUGGUUCGACAUUUCCCAAGUGAAUCUUGAUGACCCGAAGAAGCAUAGUGACAGUAACUUCGAAGUACUACAGACAUGGAUUGAUCAGAUCAUGAGUGGAUCGAUCACAUUGGAUGAUGAUGACGAUGAUGAGCCUGAGCCGAGUCCACCACCACCACCAGCCAAGGGGAAAAAGAACAAGAAAGAGCUUUAA